AGGCGCUACCGCAAGGACAAGCCCUGGGACACGGACGACGUCGACCACUGGAAGCUCGAGGAGUGGAAGCCCGAGCACUCGCCCGGCGCGUUCCUCGAGGAGAGCAGCUUCGCGACGCUCUUCCCGCGGUACCGCGAGGGCUACAUCCGGGAGGCGUGGCCGAUCGUCACGCGGACGCUGGGCAAGGUCGGCGUCGCCUGCGAGCUCAACCUCAUCGAGGGGUCCAUGACCGUGGCGACGACGCGGAAGACGUCGGACCCCUACGUCAUCCUCAAGGCGCGGGACCUCAUCAAGCUCCUCGCGCGGUCGAUCCCCGCGGCGCAGGCGAUGAAGAUCCUCGACGACGGCGUGCACUGCGACGUCAUCAAGAUCGGCGGCCUCGUGCGGAACCGGGACCGCUUCGUGCGCCGGCGGCAGCGCCUCGUCGGGCCCGACGGCGCGACGCUCAAGGCGCUCGAGCUGCUCACGGAGUGCUACGUGCUCGUGCAGGGCAACACGGUCGCGUGCAUGGGCGGCAUCAAGGGCCUGAAGACGUGCCGCAAGGUCGUCGAGGAGUGCUUCCGCAACGUCCACCCCAUCUACAACAUCAAGAUCCUCAUGAUCAAGCGCGAGCUCGCGAACGACCCCGAGCUCAAGGAGGAGGACUGGGAGCGGUUCCUGCCGAAAUUCGCGAAGAAGAACGUGCAGACGAAGAAGCCCCUCAAGACGCGCCCCACCAAGGCCUACACGCCCUUCCCGCCGGCCCAGCAGCCCUCCAAGGUCGACCUCCAGAUCGAGAGCGGCGAGUACUUCGCGCCCGAAUCCGCGAAGCGCCAG